GAUCUGAAUACUUCUGCUACGACUUAUCUCAAAAUCCCAUUCAAAGCAGCAGUGAUGAAAUAACUCUGUCCUUUAAAACCCUUCAGAGGAAUGGACUGAUGCUUCACACCGGGAAAUCAGCAGAUUAUGUCAAUCUUGCCCUGAAAAAUGGAGCUGUCUCUCUGGUCAUUAAUUUGGGAUCAGGGGCCUUUGAAGCACUAGUGGAGCCCGUGAAUGGAAAGUUUAAUGAUAAUGCCUGGCAUGAUGUGAAAGUCACCAGGAAUCUGCGUCAGCACUCAGGCAUUGGACACGCUAUGGUAACAAUAUCAGUGGAUGGGAUUCUUACCACAACGGGCUACACGCAAGAAGAUUAUACCAUGCUGGGGUCUGAUGACUUUUUCUAUGUUGGAGGCAGUCCCAGCACAGCCGACCUUCCAGGGUCACCAGUCAGUAACAACUUUAUGGGCUGUCUCAAAGAGGUUGUAUAUAAAAAUAAUGAUGUAAGGCUGGAAUUAUCUCGACUUGCCAAGCAAGGAGAUCCUAAGAUGAAGAUACAUGGAGUGGUGGCAUUUAAAUGUGAGAAUGUUGCAACUUUAGACCCAAUCACCUUUGAAACCCCAGAGUCUUUCAUCUCUCUGCCUAAAUGGAAUGCAAAGAAAACAGGCUCCAUAUCAUUUGAUUUCCGCACAACAGAGCCCAAUGGCCUUAUCUUAUUUAGCCAUGGCAAGCCAAGACAUCAAAAAGAUGCCAAACAUCCACAGAUGAUAAAAGUUGACUUCUUUGCUAUUGAGAUGCUGGAUGGCCAUCUCUACCUCCUCCUGGACAUGGGGUCAGGUACCAUAAAAAUAAAAGCCCUGCUGAAGAAAGUGAAUGAUGGAGAAUGGUAUCAUGUGGACUUCCAGAGAGACGGACGCUCAGGUACCAUUUCUGUCAACACACUGCGCACGCCCUACACUGCUCCUGGCGAGAGUGAGAUUCUGGACCUGGAUGAUGAGUUGUACCUGGGAGGCUUGCCAGAAAAUAAGGCCGGCCUUGUCUUCCCCACUGAGGUGUGGACUGCUCUGCUCAACUAUGGCUACGUGGGCUGCAUCAGGGAUUUGUUCAUCGAUGGCCAGAGCAAAGAUAUCCGGCAAAUGGCUGAAGUUCAAAGUACUGCUGGAGUGAAGCCCUCCUGCUCAAGGGAAACAGCAAAACCGUGCCUUAGCAACCCUUGCAAAAACAAUGGCAUGUGCAGGGAUGGGUGGAACAGAUAUGUCUGUGAUUGUUCCGGAACAGGCUACCUUGGCAGGUCCUGUGAGAGAGAGGCAACGGUUUUGAGCUAUGAUGGGAGUAUGUUUAUGAAAAUCCAGCUCCCAGUGGUGAUGCACACAGAGGCUGAGGAUGUGUCCUUACGGUUUCGAUCCCAGCGUGCAUACGGCAUUCUGAUGGCAACCACUUCCAGAGACUCUGCAGACACCCUUCGCCUGGAGCUAGAUGCGGGGCGUGUGAAACUGACGGUCAAUUUAGAUUGUAUCAGGAUUAACUGUAAUUCCAGCAAAGGUCCCGAGACCCUUUUUGCUGGCUAUAACCUCAAUGACAAUGAAUGGCACACAGUGCGUGUGGUUCGUCGAGGAAAAGGUCUAAAGUUAACAGUGGAUGACCAGCAGGCCAUGACAGGUCAAAUGGCAGGCGAUCAUACAAGGCUGGAGUUCCAUAACAUAGAGACUGGCAUCAUCACAGAACGACGGUAUCUUUCAUCUGUCCCCUCCAACUUCAUUGGACACUUGCAGAGCCUGACAUUUAAUGGAAUGGCAUACAUUGACUUGUGUAAAAAUGGUGACAUAGAUUAUUGUGAGCUCAAUGCCAGAUUUGGCUUCAGGAACAUCAUAGCAGACCCUGUCACCUUCAAGACCAAAUCAAGCUAUGUUGCCUUAGCUACAUUGCAAGCCUACACUUCUAUGCAUCUUUUUUUCCAGUUCAAGACAACAUCCCUAGAUGGACUAAUUCUGUAUAACAGUGGGGAUGGAAAUGACUUUAUUGUGGUUGAAUUAGUUAAAGGGUACUUACAUUACGUGUUUGAUUUGGGAAAUGGUGCUAACCUCAUCAAAGGGAGCUCAAAUAAACCUCUCAAUGACAAUCAGUGGCACAACGUGAUGAUAUCAAGGGACACCAGCAAUCUCCACACUGUAAAGAUUGACACGAAAAUUACAACGCAGAUCACUGCGGGCGCCAGGAACUUAGACCUCAAGAGUGACUUGUAUAUCGGAGGAGUGGCUAAAGAAACAUACAAAUCCUUGCCAAAGCUUGUCCACGCCAAGGAGGGCUUUCAAGGCUGCCUGGCAUCGGUUGAUUUAAAUGGACGGCUUCCGGAUCUCAUCUCAGAUGCUCUUUUCUGCAAUGGACAGAUUGAGAGAGGAUGUGAAGUUGCAUUGAUGAAAGCUGACUUGCAAGGGCCCAGCACAACCUGCCAAGAGGACUCGUGUUCCAAUCAAGGUGUGUGCUUGCAGCAAUGGGAUGGCUUCAGCUGUGACUGUAGUAUGACCUCCUUCAGUGGGCCGCUCUGCAAUGACCCUGGGACAACGUAUAUCUUUAGCAAAGGUGGUGGACAAAUCACAUAUAAGUGGCCUCCUAAUGACCGGCCCAGUACACGAGCAGACAGACUGGCCAUAGGGUUUAGCACUGUUCAAAAAGAAGCUGUAUUGGUGCGAGUGGACAGUUCUUCGGGCCUGGGUGACUACCUAGAACUGCACAUACACCAAGGAAAAAUUGGAGUUAAGUUUAAUGUUGGGACAGAUGACAUCGCCAUUGAAGAGUCCAAUGCAAUCAUUAAUGAUGGGAAAUACCAUGUAGUCCGUUUCACAAGGAGUGGUGGCAAUGCCACAUUACAGGUGGACAGCUGGCCAGUGAUCGAGCGCUACCCUGCAGGAAACAAUGAUAACGAGCGCCUGGCGAUUGCUAGACAGCGAAUUCCAUAUCGACUUGGUCGAGUAGUUGAUGAAUGGCUACUCGACAAAGGGCGUCAGCUCACAAUCUUCAAUAGCCAAGCAACCAUAAUAAUUGGCGGGAAAGAGCAGGGCCAGCCCUUCCAGGGCCAGCUCUCUGGGCUUUACUACAAUGGCUUGAAAGUUCUGAAUAUGGCAGCCGAAAAUGAUGCCAACAUCGCCAUAGUGGGAAAUGUGAGACUGGUUGGUGAAGUGCCUUCCUCUAUGACAACUGAGUCGACAGCCACUGCCAUGCAGUCAGAGAUGUCCACAUCAAUUAUGGAGACCACCACGACCCUGGCUACUAGCACAGCCAGAAGAGGAAAACCCCCUACGAAAGAACCCAUUAGCCAGACCACAGAUGACAUCCUUGUGGCCUCAGCAGAGUGUCCCAGCGAUGAUGAGGACAUUGACCCCUGUGAGCCGAGCUCAGCCAACCCAACCCGAGCAGGCGGGAGAGAGCCCUACCCAGGCUCUGCAGAAGUGAUUCGAGAGUCCAGCAGCACCACGGGCAUGGUCGUGGGGAUCGUCGCCGCUGCUGCGCUGUGCAUCCUCAUCCUCCUCUAUGCCAUGUACAAGUACAGAAACCGGGAUGAAGGCUCGUACCAUGUGGACGAGAGUCGAAACUACAUCAGUAACUCAGCACAGUCCAAUGGGGCUGUGGUAAAGGAGAAACAACCCAGCAGUGCGAAAAGCGCCAACAAAAAUAAGAAAAACAAGGAUAAAGAGUAUUACGUCUGAUCCCAAGAUCUUAAAUGGACACUUGUAUAGAAAUAAUCUUCAUUUUAUCUGAGACAUAAUACGAACUUAUUUACUUUCCUUUUUAUGAAGCACAUACAAAAGAAGACAGGGAAUGCAAUCAGGAAGGAAAGACUUUUUAAAAAAUAAAAACAAGUAUCUCAUGCUCUUGUUUUUCAAAAAAAUUUUAAAAAAGAAAAUAACAGGGGCCAAUAAAUUCCCUAACAUCCAGUGUUUUCAUUUACUCUGCCUGUCUUUAUGUUGCUGGAACAUUUCUAAAAGACAGUGAUGACCGCACGCAUUCAUAAAGCAAAGGAGUAUUACAAUAUCAAGGCACAACACAAAAAACAACACAAAACACACAAAAAGAAGCUACCUAUGAUCCUGGAUUUAGCCAAAGUGCUAGCGCUUUCCGGAGAAGUCAGUUAGUCCGAUUGCCAGAGAGGACUGUCAUUUUGAGCGACUCAACCUGCAAACCUUUCAGAGUUUGCCGCCUGGCGCAACUGGAGCAAUGGUUGGAACUUGCGUUUGAAACAAAGUGCUGGCUUUUUUGAAGACUUGUGUAGGAACACAUUCAAAAAGCCCCUUUCUGGUGUGAGAGAGAAAAAAAAAGUAUGGAGGCCUUAUUUUCAAAAAUGUGAAAUAUAAGGCACAUUUUCACACUAAAAUUUCAAAACAAAAACAGGAGGGCAUAGAUGCCAUCACUGGGAAAUUUUCAUGCACGCUUACUAUGUUAUUACAUAUGUUUAUAUAAAAUCCAUCUCUGUGUGCUUUCUGGACUGUGAUAAGUGACGUUUUAUAGCCUGUUGUAUAGAAAAUGCAAAAUAUAUCUCUGCUCUUCAGCCAUUUUUGGUAAAUUCAAUGUUAUAAGUGUUGCUAAGUAUAGGGAGAUUUAUGACAUCAGAGCAACAAUUAUUUCAGGUUCUUUUUUUAUUUUAUUUUAUUUGCCACCAUUAUAAAUUGCCACAAUUACUUACUUUUCUAAAAAAAAAUUACAGUGUAGUGUUUAUUCUAAGGAAGAUAUGUAUGAAUGUAUAUAAAAAGACUCAGCUACUUUUUUUUCUUACAUGUACAGCCUUCAUUCUGUUGCAAUUAAGUUUUAGUAUUUGUAUGAAAGGCGUGAAUUAGAAGGUAAAAUAUAUACAUAUGUAUCUUAUAACCUCUUCUCCCCCAAAUACUCACAUUCUCACAAAUUUUCACCAUUUGCAGUUACACACACACAUGAAUCCACAGGAAUUUAUCAACUAUGAUGGAAGACCCAAAUGUGCAUAUAGUAGCAAAUAUUCACUGACAAAUUGAAAAGCAGGAAGAAAGAUAGUUGUGCCAAGGUGUUGAUGACAAGUGGGGUGAUUUGCUUUAUUGAGAUCUUGCUCCUAGGAAACCCUGAGAAUAUUUUAGUUCCUAAUGAAAUGGAACCUUUUUUUAUCCAAAAGAAUAUCACUGGUAUACUGCUGCAUGAAUAUGAACCAUUAUGUGGGCAGGUUACAGAAGCAAAAUUGGUUAAUCUAUACCUUAACUCUGGCUGCUGCAAUUGAAAACCUUGUUUCUGAUAAGAUAAUAUAUAUAUUCUCUGAACCUGAUGUGCAUGAUAAACAUUUUUGGAAAGUAAACACUUUUCCAACUAAAAGUAUUUUUAAUAAUUUUUGAUUCUGUAUUACUACCCAUUUAAAAAAAUCAUUCGCUGUUGAUUAUUGACUAUAUUUUAACUUUUCUGAUUUUACAUAUAUAUCAUUAAAUAUAGUUUUAGUUUAACACUUACUAAAUGUAGAACAGUAUAGAUUAAACACUUGUUUUUGCAUAUUAUUUCAAUGAUGUUCAUAGCAAUAAAUUGUUAGUAUGAGAAGGCAAUGCAAAGGAAACGCGUUAGUAGAUUGGAAGGUGAUGCUUCAGUAAAAAUUGGUCACAUUACUUGAACAUCUCCUAAAAGAAUGAUGUUAGAUUUCAUAGACUAGAAGAAUAUCUUUACAAUUAGCUUUAAUCAGCAAAGGCAAAAAAUGCAAACAUCUUUUAUGAUGCUUUAGUUGAUGAAAAAAGCCAAGAAGUGGCCUGGAUUUCUGACAUACAGCACCUUAGAAAUAUGUCUAAUUCAUAGCAGAUCACCAAUAUUUUGCGAAGUAAUUGUAUAUGAAGAAAGACUUUUCAUGACCGGAAAAUGGAAGGUAUAAAGCUAAAAUUUAAUAUCCAUUGCUUCUGUUUCAGGUUUUUAUCUUUUUUUUUUCUUUAUUUGCCAGGUUAGAGAAUUCACAAGACUUUCUCCUCCCCUCUCAUUCAGUCUUACUCAGGGAAAGCCAGUGAAACAAAAAGGGAAAUAUGAAACCACUAAUUUACAGCUUGCAGUUUUUAAGAAAUUAGUUGCUUUUUCAUUUGAUCUGUUGAGAUUAAGCUAGUUUCCAUCUGGACAGAUCCCAAAAUAUAAUCGAAAAUAAAUGGAAUAAUGGUAUUUUUAAGCAGUAUAUCUAUGAAACAUGUUGUUUGGGAUUGAUUUCAAUGUUUCUCCCCAGCAUAAAUGUAAAAAUUUCAUGCAAUGAUAUAAUCUAAUAUUGCCAGUAAAAAUAUUUCUAAUGUUAUUGUCCUACGCAAAAUCUAGCAAUUAUUAUUAUUUUUUUCCAGAAUGGAGAAAGAAAAGAGAGGAACAUGAGUCAGAAAGAGAAAAAGAUUUGAAUAAAGUUCCACGUAUCUUCAUACCAAAUGUAUCAGGGUUCCAUGCAUAGUUUGCAGUUAAUAGAGGAUUUCACAUUACCUGGCAUAAAUUUGAUUACAUCUCUAGACUGUAACUUUUCUGAUUGAGUAUGCUUCUUUUUUAUCCAUGUAAUGUGUUGCCUUUUUUAAGAAAACAAAUACUACAAUUAUGUGUGAGGUGGUCAAUCCCUAAGACAUCAACGAAAGGCCACAUGAUCUACCCUUCUAGUGCUUUGUGUGAUUGGGUAUCUAAGGGGUUUCUUUUUUGUUUUCUUUUGUUUUGUUUUUCUGUUGCAAGGCCAAUUUAUCCAUUAUUGGAAAUGCUAAGCAAGUGGAAUUUACUGUUUUGUUAAUAAAAUAUUUCUUAGUACAA